AUGGACGCAAUUAAAGCUGGAAUUGAAAAAGUAAAAGAAGCUGUUGAUACAAAAAAAGCUGAUGAAAAACUCGAAAAAGCAAAUGAUCCAAAUGUUAAACCAAGUGAACGAAUGGAUGCACAAUUCGAAGCAAAUAAGGCAGCAGCUAAAGCUUGUGAACAUCAUGUUAAAGCUGAAGAAUGCAAAGCAAAACAUGUCAAUAGCUAA